GGCUGCGUGACAUGUGUAUUAUACGUUCGAUCCUCGAUCUUUAAAGUAUAACAUUGUUAUAAACAUCGCGGCAAAUAUUUGAUCAUUUUCGGAUACCAACUUGUCUCUAAAUACCAAGGAAAUGGCGUUCAUUGGAGAUGUUACUGCAGAUCAACUGUUAGCUGGAUCUGAUGUAUUGUCCAGACCUGCAGAAGAAUUUGACAAUGAUCCUUCUGUAGAAGCCAUGUGGGCAAUGAAAGCAAUGGAGCAUGCAGAAGUUUAUUUUAAUAUUUUAUGUUCUGUCGAUCCUAAGUUUUUGAAACUCACCCCUCAUGAUGAACAGAUAUACAAAACCUUUCGAGAUGUAUUCCCUGACCUAAAAGUGAAUAAAAUAAAUGAAGAUGAAUUGAAGUCACCAGAGGGGAAGAUAAAGUGGAGACCAUUUUGCGAGCAGUUCAAAGGGCUUGUAGAAGAUUAUAGUUUUGGUACAUUGUUGAGAGCAGAUUGUGACGGAGAUUACUCAGAAGAGAACAGUAUACUCACAACUAGAAUACAAUUUUAUGCCAUUGAACUUGCCAGGAAUAGAGAAGGUUUUAACGACGGUAUUAGAAAAAAAUACAAGCCAAAGGGAAUUACAGAAAAAUCAAUUCAACAGAGAUAAAGAAAGAGGAUAAGUGCGAGUGAGAUACAAUAGCUGGUACCCGAAACCAUAUAAUACGAUGUAUGUAUCGAUAACGACUGGCGUCAAGUUACGCUCGAUGUUCGAAACCGUUUGGCUUCUAAGAAUUGGUGGGGAUAACCGCGGACAUUUAAGAGGGCACUACUGUACAUGUUAAAAAAUACUUGAAUAGUAUGUAAUUUUUCAUCUACAAUUUUGUACAAUCUGAAUGUAUGAGGUCUUAUGAAGUUACACAUUUUAAUAGAGUGUUAUUUAUACCGAACAAAGGCAGGAAAUAAACAAAGUUA